GCAUGCGUGAGGCGGCGGCUGGGCACCGCCAUUUUGGCCGGAGGCCGUAGGAACACGUUGUGUGGCUGAGAAGUGCAAGCAGGAACUGAUUUGGCCUCUGCGUUCCCCUCCGCAAGGGGAAUCUGUUUCUCCAGAAGAACUGGAUAUUCUUACUUCCUUAGAAUUAUGGCGGAUAAAUUAACAAGAAUUGCUAUUGUCAACCAUGACAAAUGUAAACCUAAGAAGUGUCGGCAGGAGUGCAAAAAGAGUUGUCCUGUGGUUCGAAUGGGAAAAUUAUGCAUAGAGGUUGUCCCCCAGAGCAAAAUAGCAUGGAUUUCUGAAACUCUUUGUAUUGGUUGUGGUAUUUGUAUUAAAAAGUGCCCCUUUGGCGCCUUAUCAAUUGUCAAUUUACCAAGCAACUUGGAAAAAGAAACAACACAUCGAUAUUGUGCCAACGCCUUCAAGCUUCACAGGUUGCCUAUUCCUCGUCCGGGUGAAGUUUUAGGAUUAGUUGGAACUAAUGGUAUUGGAAAGUCAACUGCUUUAAAAAUUUUAGCAGGAAAGCAAAAGCCAAACCUUGGAAAAUAUGAUGACCCACCUGAUUGGCAAGAAAUUUUGACUUACUUCCGUGGAUCUGAAUUGCAAAAUUACUUUACCAAGAUUCUUGAAGAUGACCUAAAAGCCAUUAUCAAACCUCAGUAUGUGGACCAGAUUCCCAAGGCUGCAAAGGGGACAGUGGGUUGUAUUUUGGACCGAAAAGAUGAAACAAAGACACAAGCAAUUGUAUGUCAGCAGCUCGAUUUAACCCAUCUAAAAGAACGCAAUGUUGAAGAUCUUUCAGGAGGAGAGUUGCAGAGAUUUGCCUGUGCUGUUGUUUGUAUACAGAAAGCUGAUAUUUUCAUGUUUGAUGAACCUUCUAGUUACCUAGAUGUCAAGCAGCGUUUAAAGGCUGCUAUUACUAUACGAUCUCUCAUAAAUCCAGAUAGAUAUAUCAUUGUGGUGGAGCAUGAUCUAAGUGUAUUAGACUAUCUCUCUGACUUCAUCUGCUGUUUAUAUGGCGUACCAAGUGCUUAUGGUGUUGUCACUAUGCCUUUUAGUGUAAGAGAAGGCAUAAACAUUUUUUUGGAUGGCUACGUUCCAACAGAAAACUUGAGAUUCAGAGAUGCAUCACUUGUUUUUAAAGUAGCUGAGACAGCAAAUGAAGAAGAAGUUAAAAAGAUGUGUAUGUAUAAAUAUCCCGGAAUGAAGAAAAAGAUGGGAGAGUUUGAGCUAGCAAUUGUAGCUGGAGAGUUUACAGAUUCUGAAAUCAUGGUGAUGUUGGGGGAAAAUGGUACUGGUAAAACGACAUUUAUCAGAAUGCUUGCUGGGAGACUUAAACCUGAUGAAGGAGGGGAAGUACCAGUUUUAAAUGUCAGUUAUAAGCCACAGAAAAUCAGUCCCAAAUCAACCGGAAGUGUUCGCCAGCUACUACAUGAAAAGAUCAGAGAUGCUUACACUCAUCCACAAUUUGUGACUGAUGUAAUGAAGCCUCUGCAAAUUGAAAACAUCAUCGAUCAAGAGGUGCAGACAUUAUCUGGUGGUGAACUGCAGCGAGUAGCUUUAGCUCUUUGUUUGGGCAAACCUGCUGAUGUCUAUUUAAUUGAUGAACCAUCUGCAUAUUUGGAUUCUGAGCAAAGAUUGAUGGCUGCUCGAGUUGUCAAACGUUUCAUACUCCAUGCUAAGAAGACAGCCUUUGUUGUGGAACAUGACUUCAUCAUGGCCACCUAUCUAGCAGAUCGAGUCAUUGUUUUUGAUGGUGUUCCAUCUAAGAACACACUUGCAAACAGUCCUCAAACCCUUUUGGCUGGCAUGAAUAAAUUUUUGUCUCAGCUUGAAAUUACAUUCAGAAGAGAUCCAAACAACUAUAGGCCAAGAAUAAACAAACUCAAUUCAAUUAAGAUACACAUAUGUCAAGCCCUCAACCCCAGUGCCUGGUGUAUUAUGAGCACCACGUGGUUCAGAAGAGAAAUAGUCCUGAGUGGGAGAGUCAGAAGGGGCUACAUGAAGGAGGCAGCUCCCAGGGAAAGGAGCACCUAUAAUGAUGAUAAAAAAUGGUAAGAAAAUGCAUGUGAACCAGAACACAGGUCAGAGACAAGUGAGCAUGCGCACUGAAGAGCUUAGUGAGAGGAAAGCAUCGUACAGGCAGAUUGUAGUGGAUAGUUCCAGCUCCCAUCCCUGCAUGUGCCUAAGUCUGUCUCCCGUAUCUACAAGUUUUCAGCUGAUGAGACUGGCAACCAUGACCACCCGUCCCUUCUCGUGGAGCAAAGCAUUAAUGUCCCUUCAUGUCUGCGCCUUCUGGUUUCUGGUCUCCAUUUUUGGCCCGAUUUCUGAACAUUAUCUUAGAACAUUGCAAAGAACUAAGUUACACAGUAACAGGCACAGCCCUAGAUAGGCAUAGCAUUACUUUGUUUCUUACUCUACCUGAAGGCGUUUAAUCCAAAACCAAGGUUUUCAUUUAAAAGAAACUAGUGGACUUCGCUGGUGGCGCGGUGAAGAAUCCACCUGCCAAUGCAGGGGACACGGAUUGGAGCCCUAGUCCAGGAAGAUCCCACAUGCUGCGGAGCAACUAAUAAGCCCAUGCGCCACAACUACUGAGCCCGCACUCCUAGAGCCCGUGCUCCACAAGGGAAUCCACCGCAAUGAGAAGCCCGUGCACCGCAACGAAGAGUAGACCCUGCUCACCGCAACUAGAGAAAGCCUGCGUGCAGCAACGAAGACCCAACACAGCCAAAGAUAAAUAAAUUUAUUUUUUAAAAAUGAAA